UAUCAAUAAUAUGGCUACACUGUUAGAAUAACAAUCCGUGUGUUGAUUGGUUGACUUACCGAACGUUGAGAGUGUUUACAAAAUUUUGUCCGUUAUUAUUUUAUGUGGUAGAUCAUCCAUAUGAUAUUGGAGUACAACUUAUUAUAGUUUGUUUUACGGGUAUCGUAUUUACAUAAUUACAGUUACUUUAUUAUAUCCAUUUUUGGGUUAAUGCUUUGCUAUGAUUGAUGUAAACGUUCUUAAUAACGUGUAGUGCACAAAUCAGAAUACACUUUAAGUAUAAAUUAUAAUACUGGAUAUAUUCUCAGAAAUAUUAUUUUAGUUAUAAAGACUAAUUAUGGAUGACUCCAAAGAACAUUUAUCAACUGGAUCUUAUGUUGAACCUAGAAUUCCUAGUAUAACUGGAUUUGGACAAAGAAAAGUAAUUGGAAAACCAAAAAAAGUAUUAGACUACUCAAUUGAAAAUGUGGGCCAUCCAAAAAUUGAUGUUUGUCUUCGUAUUAAACCACGUCAAUGUAACAAUGUGAUAAGUGAUAAUACACUAACAAUUUUAAGUGACACUACAGUUGCAUGUUGUAAUGGACAUUCUAGAGAAGAUGUUACUGAAUAUACAUUUUCAAGUGUUUUUGGUCCUAAUGUUGAUCAAAAAAAAUUUUUUAAUACUUGGGUGUAUGAAAAAGUUUUACGAUUUUUAAAUGGAAACAGUGAACUUUUAUUUGCAUAUGGAACAACAAAUGCUGGAAAAACAUUCACUAUACAUGGAACUCCUUCUGAUCCUGGCCUAAUUCCUAGAACAUUACAACUAGUCUUUGGAACUUUAAAUGAUAAAUUAAUGGCUCAAUGUAAAUAUAAACCUGAUAAAGUCAAUGCCGCUCACAUUUUGGACGAAAAUCUAAUGGAAUGUGAAGAAAAUGUUCGUCAAAAUAUUUUAUCUAAUUGGACAAAUGAUAAAAAUCAAGGAGAUACAAUUAAAUGUAGUGUCACCAAUAAUUAUGAUGAAGGUAGUACUGUUAGUAGCAUUGAUCAACUUUCUUAUAACAACAUUACAAAAAUGUUUGAAGUUCUAAAGAAUGAUGAAAAUGCAGUGUUAAACCAUGGUGAUGUAUCUUAUUCAGUUUGGGUUACUUAUUCAGAGAUUUACAAUGAGACAAUAUAUGAUCUCUUAGUAAAUCACUCUAAUAUUCAAAAAAGAACACCACUGAAGCUUUCAUUUGAUCAAAACAAAAAUGUAUAUGUUAGAGAUCUUACACAUGUCUGUGUUAAAUCUGCCGAAGAAGCCUAUAAAAUUAUGUCCUUUGGAAGAAAUAAUUUAAAAAUUGCAAGUAAUAACUUAAACAAAUUGUCAAGUAGAUCUCAUUGUAUAUUUACUUUAAAAUUAAUGAGAGUUGAAAAUAUUAUUGAUCCCAAAACCGCCAUUACUAGCAGUAUAUCAUUUUGUGAUUUGGCUGGUUCUGAACGUCUUAAAAAAACUAUGAAUAUUGGAGAUCGGCUAAAAGAAUCUAAGAACAUUAACACAUCCCUACUUGUACUUAAUAAAUGCUUCUCUGUUUUGCGAGAAAAUCAAAAACGAGGUGAAAAUAAUCUUGUUCCUUACAGAGAAUCAAAAUUAACACAAAUGUUUCAAACCGCUUUAAUGGGAACAAAUAAUACUGGUAUUUCUAUGGCAGUGAAUGUUGAUACAUCUCCUAAUUUGUAUGAAGAAACUAAACAAGUUUUGUUUAUGUCAGCAAUAGUACGAGCCAUUGCAAAAACUAAAACAAAAAAACCAAGACCUAGUUUUGCUGUAUGGGUUACCAAUAACCAUAAAAAUAAUGCUAAAGGACACGAAAAUAUUAAUGAAGAAAAUGAUAAUGAUGAAACUAAUUUUGGAAAUAAAUCUAUGGCAGAUGAUGAAUUUGAAAUACGACUUAAUGAAGAAAAAACAAUGUUACGAAAAGAGAUGAUUUCUCAAUUUCAAAAAAUGUUGGAAGACAAUAAUUUAUUUUGGCAAAAACAAAAAGAAACAACACUUAAGAAUAAAACAGACUUUUAUGAAAAUAAAAUAAAACGGUUGAAACAAUAUUAUGCUGAAGAAAUUCGUGAUCGAGAAACAAAAUUAGCAAAUAUUAAUGUGAACACCCGUGCUGUGGUUGAUUUUGACAUUGCUAAUAAUAAAAGUGCUGUUGAAAAUUAUGAAUUUAGAAUUGGUGAACUAGAAAUUCAAAAAGAGGAAUUAAUUUCAGAAAUUAAUACUCUUAAAAAUGUCAACGUUUUGUGUCAAGAAGACUUAAAUGUAAAAAAUCAAGAAAUUGAGAAUUAUAAAUCAAUGAUAGUAGAAGCUAAUACAGAAUAUGAAAAAUUAGAGAGGAUUUUAAAUGAUUUAAGUGAUAGAUAUGGUGAAAUGUCUCAGGAAUUAGAUGAAAAGGACUUAGAAAUUGAAAGACUUAAUGGAGCGGUAUAUGCUAAAGAUAGUAUAAUUACUGAAAUGGAAUUAAAUCAAGAAAUUCUUGCUGAACAAAAAAUUAUUGAAUAUAUGGAUGAAAAAUUAGAAACUAUAGCUAGUUUAAAUGCAACUAUUAAAGAUCUCCAAGAAAUGAACAAUACAUUGACAGAAGAGAACAUGAAACUUAAAGGAAAAUAUAAAAAAUGUCGCGAAGAACAAGUAGAAAUAGCUAGGCAAUUUAAAACAAUGAGACAAAACUAUAAAGAAGUGUUAAAAUCACAGGCCAAUGCUGCAAACUUAACAAACGAUAUUAAUCUUUCAACUAAAAUUACUGAUCAAGAUGUUAUUAUUUCAAAGUUAAAAGAGAAUAUUGAAGAGCUAGAAUAUAAACUGAAAGAAAAUGAAAAUAUUUCUUCCGAAUUAAAGAGUAUUAAUCAGAAUUUGACUGAAAACUUGAAAACUGUAAGCAUUAAACCAGAAAUGAAAAGUAUUGGUGUAUUGACUGAUGUUAGUAAUACUAUAAUAUCUGAGUAUACAAUAGAAUCAGAAGGAAAAGAAAAUGAGGUUAAUUCCAAAUGUCAUUCCGACAAAAGACCUCAAAGGAAAUGUAGAAAUAAAACUCCUUCAUCUACUAAAAAAGAAAUUUUUAUUUUUAGGAAAAUAAAACAUUUUAAUGAAGGUACACCAGAUAUGUGUGAUAAAUUGUUAGAUGAUGCUAUUAAUAACAUUUCAAAAAGUACUAAAAAACGUAUACUAUUUGAUAGUAAACCACCAUUAACAGAUAGUAGUAAUAUGGUAACUGAUAAUGCAUUAGAUUUUAUACCUACUCCUGCACGAGCACUUCAUCAUAUGUCAAAACUUCGAAAAAAGAAGUAAAUUAUUCAAUAUUUAUUAUUUAAAUUUAAAUACAGUUAGUUUUGUAAAAAUCAAUUUUCUAAUCAAGGAAACUGCAAUUCUUGUUCAAUUUUUUUUUUUUUAUAUUUAUAUAUAUAUAUAUGUGUAAUUAUCUUACUGAGAUUCUAUGUUUGUGUGAGCUAUGUAUUUUUUUUUAAUUAUGUGAUUUUAUGUUAAACUCAAUUAUUCUUAUUUUUUAUCUUAAUAUUAUUUAUCAUUAAAGAAUAUAUGUGUAAAAUAGAUAUAUUUUUAAUUGAUUUUAAUAAAAGUAGGUUCUAUUACAUUA